AUGAUUCUAUCUGACAUUCCAUCAAAUGGUGAAAUUUUUUUUUUUUUCUUUCGCGAUGACGACACUUUUAAUCUUCGAUUGUCAAAGCAUAAAUUGGAAUGUAGUAAAUCUCCUGCCUCACUUCCUCCUCACUUACUAACUCACUCGUUCAAUCUCUUUCUCAUUUGCUGUCUCUCCCUCCACCGCACUCUUUCUUUCACUGUCGCUGUCUCUCGCUUUCUUGUUCUCUUUCUCUUCUCCCAUCCUCUCUAUCUCUUUCUCUCUUUCUCUUCUCCCAUCCUCUCUCUUUCUCUUCUCCCAUCCUCUCUAUCUCUUUCUCUCUUUCUCUUCACCCAUCCUCUCUUUUUCUCUUCUUUCAUCCUCUAUUUCUCUUUUUCUCUUUUCACAUCCUUUCUCUUUUUCUCUUUUCCUAUCACCUCUCAGUUUCUCUUCUUCCAUCCUCUCUCACUUUCUCUCUCUUCUUUCAUCCUCUUUCUCUCUCUUUUCCCAUCCUCUACCUUUCUCUUCUCCUAUCCUCUCUCCCUUUCUCUUCUCCCAUCCUCUCCCUUUCUCUUUUUCCAUCCUCUCUCACUUUCUCUCUCUUUUUUCAUCCUUUCUCUCACUUUUCCCAUCCUCUCCCUUUCUCUUUUUCUAUCCUCUACCUUUCUCUUCUUCUAUUCUCUCUCUCUUUCUCUUCUCCUAUUCUCUCACUCUUUCUCUUCUCUCAUCCUCUCUCUCUUUCUCUUCUCCCAUCCUCCCUCUUUCUCUUCUCCUAUCCUCUUUCUCUUCUCUUCUUCUAUCCUCUCUCUUUCUUUCUUUUUCUUCUUCCAUCCUAUCUCUUUUUCUCAUUCUCUUUGCACAUCCUCUCCUUCUCUUUCUCUUCUCACAUCCUCUCUCUCUUUAUUUCUUUCCCUUCUCCCAUCCUGUCUCUCACUCUUUCUCUAA